AAUCUACAAUAAAAUUGAUGAAACUUUUAAAUUUGCAGACAUUAUUACAUUGCAUAUACACACAUGUUGUACUAUAGGGUGACUGUAGUGUAGUAUUUUACAUGACAUCAUACUAUACAGUUGUGUCAUAUCACGAAAAGCUUUACUGCAACCUUAAAUAUUGGGCAACAUAGCGUAACCUUUAAUAUUGGGCAAUGUUAAAAACAUAAACUACGGACAAUCUAAGCAGUUACUAUGUUCAAUAACAUCAGUAUACGUUUACUGUUUCUAAAUUGUAAAAUUAGUUAAAUAUUUUCAGUAUUUCGCUUUUGAGAUUCGUGUCUUGUUUAACCAGACGUGGCAAUAAGACAGUGUUGACGCCCGGUAAGCAAAUAUUUUAACCUAUCAGAGUUGAAUUUGAUUAAAGCGCUACUACGUGAAAAAAAACAUGUUAACACCACUUAAACAUAAUUUUCGUUUAUUACGAAUUUAUUAAUCUUCACAACAAUGUACACCAGCAUCACCAAGUACCUUAAACCUGGGUUACAAGAAAUUUGUCGGAAACACUGAUACAUUUCAUUAAACAGCUGGCAAAACUACAACAAUCGUAAACUGUGACGACAAAAUAGAAACUGUAUAUAUACAAUCAUAAUUCAAGAUUAAUAAAAAAUACGCAAUUGUUUUGUCAUACAAUAGUUUUAAUGUGGUUUUGUGUGUUUUAUGAUUUAAUUGAUUCCGAUCAGCCUGGUAUUGGCUGUUUGGAUUUUGAUUGCGAUAUAUUACUGUCAUACAGAAGGAUUAUACAAUGACGAACCUCAAGAAUAUUCCUGUACAUCAGAAAGUCGACUUAUGGGCUUCCUUUUCAGCUAUCUUGCUGCUAUGGAACACUCCAUUCAUGUUCUCUGUGGUGACCAACAACCACUUGCGACUCUUCUUUCCCAACGAGAUGUUGAUGCAUGGACCUAUCCUUAUCAACACUUCUGCCGCUGAAUCCGACCCAUAUCGUUUGCAAUGCAACCCCCACUUCAAAACGUUUUACCAAAAUGAAUCCUAUUUUACGUCACAGUUUAAGGGGGAAGUUUUGGAGAAGGCCAAAUCUGAAGAGUUUUUGGCGCUACCGGACGUACAAUCCAGCUUGUUUGAAUUAAAAAAUGGAACCAACCAAAGCAGAAUUUUGUUUGCAUUUCGGGCGUCUGAAAUUUGUGAACUGAUUUUACCCAACCUUGAAACUGGAGGAUGCAUGAGAUAUGACAAGAUCGUGAGUGAUUGCUUGGAUGGUGACUGUGGAACGGACCCAAACUUGUGCUGGUGGUCAUCAGCAAAUUUUACUUACUUAGCCGUCAUGACACAUGCCUUUCUCUUUCUACCCGGCUUUGUGUUUGUGUUGCUGCUCUUGUAUGACCCGCCGAUAAUUGGACUUGGUUGGAUCACCAAGCCCAUUUUGCCAGCUUUUUGCCUCACGGUAUCCGGUUUGGUCGCCCUUAUCUCUGCUGUUGUUACAGCUCUAAACAUAAGCAAAUACGUUCGGCAACAAAUCUUAUACGAUACCUACCCUGGCUUUGAACCAACAUACGGUACGUCGUGGUACUGUGCGAUCGUGGAAGGCAUUGGCACAUUUGGAGCUGGCGUCUGUUUCAUAUACGUGGCAUUUUGUACCCCUCCUUAUCCCAGAAACGGAAACCGAGUUCGAAAGCGCCGUGAACUUUUUGCCGAAAAUUUGGAAAAGCUUGGAAAGACAGAAAAGAUCGUCUAAGUCGAAAAUUCUUUUAGGUUUAGUUUGUUGUUUUACCCCGGCUUUGUUAAUACAAAUUUGGUUAAAGAUUUUGCAAAAUA